UAUAUGAAAGUUGCGCUAUGAAACAUGAUAUAGCAUACAAAACACAACACUCAUCUGCGCGUCAUUUGCUUUGGGAAUGUUUAUACUUUAUUAUAUACACGAAUUUGCGAAAUUAAAAAGGUAAACGAAUAAAACAAACUGAAUGAAUGGAGAGUAGCAAAGGUAAACGCAAACGGAAGCGAGAGAAACUGACAUGUUUAGUCUGUAAUCGGUCGUUUGAUGAUGAUUACCGAAAUGAACACAACAAGAAAUACCACGAUGAUUUGUUAAAGGCAGGGAAAUCAAUAUCUUAUAAAGUGGCCGGUGCUCCCGCAAACCCGUUUGUCUUGGCGGCACAGAUACAUAAGGAAAAGGUAUCACAGACAAAGAAUGAUCCGGAAAGCUCUGGUGCCCCUUUGGAGACGUUGACUGUUUCCGCAGGCGAAAGUGUUGCCGAGAAAGAUUCCCAACCCUCAAAAUCACAUAAUGUUGACACAGCAGUACUUUCUUCAAAGGCAUCAGGAAGCGAAAGUGACAAAUCACACAAAGACGAAACAGUCGAGAGCUAUACCGUGGAAGACGUGAACAAAGAGACCGAAGUAAGCGAGGGCGAUGGUAACAUCACAUGGCUUCAGUGCGCAGGGUUGCUCCAUUAUCUCAAGUUUCAACUUCGUAACGUUGAAGGAAUUAUGGACGAAGUUGCAUCGGCUGAUAAUCCCAAUCAGGAACAUUUUCUGAGCAAAGUGGUCGAAACUGCUGAUCAAGUUAGGGAAACUGCAAGCGAGCUUGUUAAAAGAUCAUCUCAAGUUCUCAAAAACAUUGAAAAGGAGAAGAUGACACUCGAAGAUAGCAAUGAGAAUUAUUUUUCCCCUGCAAUUCCACCAUUGGAUCCUGCAUUGCGAUCAAGGCAUCUGACAGACAGUCAAAAAACGUACCUGAUACAAAUCGGUCCGAAUCAACCGCAUUUACAGGCAUAUCCAACCAACCCAAGUGCCUCCGACGUUAUGAGAGAAGGCCACAAGCAGUCCAGGUUUAAUCCAUCCUGGUACAAAGAUUACCCUCACCUGGAAUAUAGCAUAUCAAAAGAUGCUGCCUUUUGCUUUGUAUGUUCUCUGUUUAGCAGUGGUCCAGGGAUGGAGAAAGCGGAAAGUGCUUGGAGUACAGAAGGAGUGCGCACAUGGCAUAAAUUUAAGAGCUGUGGAAGGCGAAGCCUGGGAAGUUAG